UAGUCUAUAGUUAUAAGUAUUAUAAUUAAUAUUAUUGCUUACUGCUUGAUAUUUCAAAAAUGGUAUUCUAUAUUAAUCGAAUUAUAGAAUACAAUAGCAUAGAAUAGAAUAAGUAGUUAGAAAAUAGUAAAGAAUCCGUUUUUGACAGGAAAUGGAUAUAUCCAUAUAUUUCGAACUUAUAUUUUUUAAAAUAAUAAAAAAUGGCAAAAUUUAUACGAAAAAUUGGUUCACGUAAAAACGGACGUAUUGGUUCGCGCAAGCAUCCUCGUAAAAUACAUAGGGGGGUUAUUUAUGUUCAAGCUAGUUUCAACAAUACCAUUGUGACUGUUACAGAUCUACGAGGUCGGGCGAUUUCUUGGUCCUCUGCCGGUUCAUGUGGAUUCAAAGGUUCACGAAGGAGUACACCGUUUGCCGCUCAAACCGUAGCAGGAAAUGCUAUUCGACCAGUAGUCGCUCAAGGCAUGAAACGAGCAGAAGUCAUGAUAAAAGGUCCCGGUCCAGGAAGAGAUGCGGCAUUAAGAGCUAUUUUAAGAAGUGGUAUACGAUUAAAGUUUCUACGGGAUGUAACACCUCUGCCACAUAAUGGAUGUAGGGCUCCUAAAAAAAGACGUAUAUAA